AUGUCUUACUCUGGGUAUCAUUAUACAAAUAGCUACCCUGUAAUGUUGCCAUAUUCUUCCACUUUGUAAGCCUUCAUUCCCCCUCUCUAAGUGCCUUUUCCCCUCCCUUCCCACCUCCCACCCUAAUUAGCUUAACAACCUCAUUACAACCCUAGUUAUUCCAUCGAGCAUGUCCCAGUGAGGUUCGCAUGUAGCCUGCCCCAAUGGAGCAACUCCCUUCUAACCCAUUACUAGUGCCAGUGAUCCAUGAACUGAAACGCAUUUCACCACAUCAAACCAUAGUGUUUGUGAUGAUUGAACUGCUGUAAGUCUUGUACGCUGUGAAUGAGACCUCCAGAAAUUGUCAGAGUUUCUCUCAAACUCCAGGUGGCUAAUGUGGUUGCUGUUAACCAUCUAACUAAUCAUCUUUAGUCCCAUCAUCCUUUUUGCUGUCUCGAGUCUAUUGUUUUACAAUGCAUUGACAAAGUUUGGUACUUGGCACAAAUUAGCUUACCAUGUACCUCAGCAGAAAAGAGUCAGGUAUAUUCUGUACUGGCACUUUAAAUUCUGAUGCAACUGUGGGAAUAAACAACGUAACCAAAUUUUAUUAUUUCCAAAUGCUACAGAUUUGUGAAAUGCUUGUGAAAAGAGAACAACUUUGAUUAGGUGAGACUAAACCAAACUUACAUACACACACAUUUGUAGGAUUUAAGGGAAUAUCUUGCAGAAGGAAGUUCUAAAGGGUCAUAACAGAUUGAUCGAGUAGGCAAAAGUGACAGAGCUCAGUGAGGUGAAUGUGAUCAUUCCCUCUGGGGGCAUGAAAGGCAGAUCAGAAUAUUUUGUGCGCAGUGAGAGGCUGUGAACUGGAGUGGAGUAAAUGGGUUUGAAUGACCCUAUGAGCAGAUACUAAAAGCAACCAAAAGGAGAUCGUUGGAAUUCAAAAGUGAGCAAGUGAUGCUUCAGUAAUGCAGCGUUUUAUCCAGAUACUUGGUUUGAAGUAAAACUAAGAACUGCGGACGCUAGAGACCUGAAACACCCACAAAUUGCUGGAGAAACUCAGCAGGUCUGGGAAGAAAGCAGAGUUAAUGUUUCGAGUUUGGUAACUCUUCAUCAGAACUGCAUUCAGCUUUGGGCACUUCAAAAAGAAGUCAAGCCUUCUAGGGGACAGAGCAGUCUGAUACCAGGUAUUGAAGGGAUGAAUUGAGAGCCAGGUUGUUUUCUUUUAAAUCUUUUUUUCUACUGGUGAUUGCAGUGAAGUCCUUUUGAAUGGUAAGGUGAAUGAUGAACUACUUUCUCUGGGGAAUCCAAAACAAGGGGGAUCAUAAAAUUAGAGCAAAGCCACUUGGAUUCAGCAAUAAAGCUGUGCUCUUUUGUUUUGAGAAAAAUUUAAAUCUUUCCUUGUUCUCAUUGCUCUGAAUGCUAAAUUUGCAAAAUUGACAUUGAUUUUUUUGAUAGGUACAAGUGCCAACUGAUAACUGCAGAGAAACUAUCCCGAAACAUGGGAUUGAAGUGCUGAUACUCCAUGUCUAAUCAAAUGGCAGCGUAACCUUGAGGGGCUGUUGUUCUGGCAGUUGUAGCAUUGUCUCAAGGAAUGACUUGUGUUGAAAGUAGUAGCCUUCUGGAGCAUGUGCAGGAGAAGAUUGUAUCCUACACUCUUGGAGCAACUGGGGAGGAGAAUGAAGCUGUGGAAAUGGUGAAGCGGGAGCCAGGUGAAAAUGGAGCCAGUCUCACAGAUCAGGAGCUUGUCUCUAUGUCCGUUCGAGAAUUGAACCAACAUCUGCGGGGCCUAACUAAAGAAGACAUUAUCCGGCUGAAGCAGCGUCGCAGAACACUCAAGAACCGUGGCUACGCAGCCAGCUGCCGUGUAAAGAGGGUAACUCAGAAGGAGGAAUUGGAGAAGCAGAAAGCAGAACUUCAGCAAGAGGUAGAGAAGCUGGCAUCUGAGAAUGCCAGCAUGAAGUUAGAGCUGGAUGCCCUGCGAUCCAAGUAUGAGGCCUUGCAGAGCUUCGCCAGGACCGUAGCCAGAGGACCUGUCAUGCCGGUUAGAGGUCCUAUCACCUCUGCCAUUGGGCCCAUUAUGCCAGGCAAAGUGGCUACCACCAGUGUCAUCACAAUAGUCAAAUCCAAAACCGAUGCAAGAUCUUAGUACAUACUGCUGUAGACACAGGCCAGAGACAAACUAGUUCGUAGUAAAACUGGUCAAUUCAUGGAGUUAAAUACAAUGGUUGAAAAAAAAACUCGUUAGCCACCAUCCCACACCCCACCAGAAAAAAAGCAAGUUUUUCCACACGAUCACCAGGCUGUGUGGCAAGUUGGUGAAUUAGCAAAGCACUUGUUACAAGAUCAACCUCAUUCUAUCAUUGAAACCAAACUCGUGUUUGGUUUCUGUAAUGUUCAGGCUUUCAAUUUUGUCCAUCUCUAGGACAAUUCCUGUAGACCUCUUGCAGUCUUAACUGAACUGAGUGAAACCCAAAAUGAAAAGGAAGUCACUCAUUUAUUUCAACACCAAAAUUCUUACUGAGUUCCUAACAUAACCACAGUGAAUAAAAGGGAGGCCUUCAUUAAUUUGGAAGAUCUUGCCACUUGACAGCAUUUCAAACAGACCAAACCAUGGUAGCUCUACAGCUGCCAUUAAAGGGCAAGCCUGUUGAUUCUUUUUUUUCCUCUUUGCAAUGUUUGCUUAAGUUUCAUCAAAAAUAAAAAUCUACAUUUUGGAUGGAGACAUCGUGACAUGUUUAAGCAAAUCCAAGUUACUGUCGGUACAGUUUUUUUUUAAAUUGGAAGGUUUUAUUUCUGAUUUAAACCUUGUGGCUAACUUUGUGCAUUGACCAGUGAACAGCUUCUCAUAUUCAUGCACAUCUGAACACGGUGUACCGUAUCACCAUGGAGUAAGGUAGUUCAAAUGACCUGUUCAUAUGGUUAAGUAUUCCUUUCUAUUCAUAUACUACUGGGUCUUUCUUGAAAAAUUUAUAGCACAAAUUAGAAAUGUUGAUUUUAAUUUGUACAUUUUUUAAAAAAAAAUUAAUCAUUGGAAGACAAUGCGCAACAUUUAAAAACAUGCAGAGAUGAGAGGAGGCAGAAUUAAUAGCACCCUUUGUAACACUAUAUAAGCUGUUACAGAAACCCUGCCAUCUGCUUGUCACUAGCCAGUGAAGGCAGUGGAGUGUCAGUCUGACUGUAUAAUAAGCUUUUGAUUAUUUGAAAUGUGCAGUCUUCAUAACAAAGCUCAAUUCUUGAUGGCUUUGGAUUCUUUGAGAUAAAUGGCUUAUGGUGAUCCUAUCUCUUUCUCUGAAUCUUCUAUUUAUAGUUUAUUCAUUAUGUCAUGUAUAAAUGUUGAAUAAUUUACAGGUAGAACUCAGAAGUCUGGUGUUUAAAGUUUACAGAUUUAAUGAAAUCUUUUCCACAAUAUGGUGUUAAAUGUAUGAAUUCAACAGUUGUAUAAUACUGUGGAUGUUGUGGAGAAUGUUUAGAUUUCCAUUGAUAAUUAAGUGGUAAAAGUAUGAUAUAAGCACCAGAAGAGUGAACACUAUUUCAGCAAAUGUUGUUAGCCUGUACGUUUUCUUUUGCUGAAAAGGUUAAAUCCUCUUUGACUUUCAUAUGUCAGAAAUUGAGAGUUGGCUGAUUUUAUUUUAUUUUGUUCCUGCUGACUAGAACUAGCUGCUAUUCCACCGGUCACUCCCCGUUUUCUCUCCUCAGCCAAACAAAAAAUUGAAAUGACUGUAUUAAACCUUUACAGAUAUUUGAUAUUGCUUCUUAAAGCAAGUGUGAGUAGAAGGGGCUGAUUAACCAUAUGAAUGAAAAUUUAUUCAGAGAAUCUUUGAUAGUAAAAGUUCCUCUUUAGUGUAUGUAUACAAAGUAUCUUUGUCAACAUGUAAGGGUAUUCGAGUUUAAUUUUUAUAAGUACACAGAUUAUCAUACAAUAUUUAUAUAUAAAAAAUCACAAAAAAAUGUUUAAUAGCUUUUACAGAUGUUUCUAGAGUGGCUUAUUGAAAUCAAUAGCUUUCUAGUGAAUCAGCGUGUUAAGUGGAUCCGGGGUGAUGUAUCUGUGAUGUGUUAAUAUGCAGUUUAGUGUUAUUUUACAGUUGUUUCAUUCUGUAUUUAUUUGUGUGUGAACACAAUGGGGUUUUAUGUUGUGUGAAUUUUUUUGUGUAUUUCCUCUUUCACACUUGCUGCACAUGUGAAUUUUUUUUAAAAAUGCAACAAACUUCAAGGUGGUGUGUGAACCUCAAGUUCAGUUUGAUCAGCAGCUUCUUCUGAAAUACCCUUUGGCCCGCCUUAACCAAACCAGGAAUACUAAACUAUUGCACAGCAUCUAAUGUUAACUGUUUGAGACCUGUAUCCGCGCUGCAGUUUUUUUUUUAAUACGGGGGAUGAACAUUGAAUUCCUUGAACUUUUGUUGGCUUGUGUACCAUCGUCAUCUCCAAGGUCCCCUGGUAUCUUCUGAACUUUGUAUUAAUUUGUACACAUUUCCUGCCAACACAAACUAAGGGAUUUGUUCUUUAGUUGUAUUGAAGUAGAAUAUAUAUUACAAAGAUUUGGAAACGCAAAAUAUAUUCAAUGUCUAAUGUAAUUUUAUGUUAAAUGUGUAAUUGAAGGUGCUGUUCAAUUGUUGAGCUGUUAUUGGAGUUGCUGAUUGUUCACUGUUAACCCAUGUUUGGUCUGAAAUACAAAUCUAUUUGGCUAAACUGCA